UUUUUCUAAUUACGACAUUUGGUAGACUUGGGGUUCAAUAAGGUAGCUCGUUAAUUGCUGCGUUUAGCAUUAUAGCAGUUCUUGUGGUGGUAUGAACUCGCACUUGUAAUCGGAUAGGUAGCAAAACUCCCUUACGUCAAGUUGCGGUUGUGCUGGGCGAUUACUGGCUCUUUAAGGCUUUGGGGUUGAUCUGAAUACCUAAAGUUUCCGUGAGCUAUAGUGACGCCUGUAUUGACGAAUUUGUUUGCUACUUCCGUGUUUUAGUGCGUGCUACAUUGUUGUCAUUAGUAUUUGCCACUUCUAGGCUACUAUCAAUAAACAUUCGCCUGAUCCGGCGUUUUGUUUAUGGAUUUGAGUGACGGUCUGCAGGAAAACAUGCCAGUACGCAUUCUCCGUGACACGGGAGCAGCCCAGUCCUUCUUGUUGGAUGGUGUGCUUCCCCUUUCUGAGAAAACGUCCACUGGCACGCAUGUACUGGUGCGAGGGUUGGAGAUGGGUUUUGUUGAUGUUCCUUUACAUAGAAUCCAUCUCAUCUCUGACCUGAUCACUGGAAAUGUUGUUGUGGGGGUGCGUAAAAACCUACCAGUGCCCGGCAUUACAUUCCUCCUGGGUAAUGAUUUGGCCGGGGGAAAUGUGUGGGGGCACUCUUCAACACCACCUGAGGUUGUCCCUGUGCCCCUGGUGCCUGAAGGUCCUGAUGAAUGUGCCCAAAUGUAUCCGGAAGUCUUUCCUACCUGUGUGCUAACUCGCUCUAUGGUGAAACAACUACAGUCCAGUGUUAAGAGUGAGGAUACAGAAGUUGAUCUGAGCCAUACUUUUCUCAUGUGCCCUGACAUGUCUGUGUCUCCCACAGCUCCGUUAUCUGCUCCUGUGACAUUGCCAACGGUGGAGGUGGAGAGUGUAAAAAUUAGUGAGGUGCCCUUAGCCCGUGAAACUCAUUUCUGCCCAAAGCGCUGAUCCCUCACUUACUUCUCUGUAUGAGACCGUCCAUACUGAUCAGGACAUUGAUGCAAUUACUCAGGGUUACUUUUUGAAAGAUGGCAUCUUGAUGAGGAAAUGGAGGCCACGCACUAGUUCAGAUGAGUGGGAUGUCGUUUCCCAAAUUGUCAUUCCUGUGGGUUAUAGACCACAGAUUUUGAGUGUGGCACAUGAUGGUCUAGCUGGGCAUCUGGGGGUAAACAAGACCUAUAGUCGCAUUCUCCGACAUUUCUUUUGGCCUGGGUUGAAGCAGGAUGUAGCCCAGUUUUGUAAAUCCUGCCAUGUCUGUCAAGUAGGUGGAAAACCGAACCAGACAAUUUCGCCUGCUCCACUUUAUCCGAUACCAGUCAUUUGUGAACCUUUUGAGCACGUCCUCAUUGACAUUGUAGGGCCACUCCCUAGGUCACGACAUGGACACCAAUACCUGUUAACAAUCAUGUGCGCUGCUACUCGGUUCCCCGAGGCUAUUCCUUUACGGAACAUUACUGCUAAAACAGUUGUGCGUGGGCUAACCAAGUUUUUCUCUGUGUUCGGGCUUCCAAAGAUCAUUCAAAGUGAUCAAGGUUCGAAUUUUAUGUCGCGCAUAUUCACACAGAUCCUUCAGCAGCUCCAGAUUAGGCACAAUGUUUCCAGCGCUUAUCAUCCAGAGAGUCAGGGGGCCUUGGAACGGUUCCAUCAGACCCUUAAAUCGAUGUUGCGCAUUUAUUGUCUUGAGCUGGGUAAGGAUUGGGAGGAAGGUGUUCCGUGGCUGCUCUUUGCAUCUAGAGAGGCAGUACAGGAGUCUUUAGGUUUCAGUCCU